GGCUCUCUCUCCUCCUGUCUCCUGGCUGCUGCUGCCGCCGGGGCUCGCGAUGCGGGCUGCUGGGGCCGGAGGGGGCCAUGGAUGCGGAGCCUGGGGAGCCUGUGUUCCGGGGCUGCCGGGGCCCUCGGGGGCUGGCGCUGGGGCUGGCGGCGGGGCUGCUCUUCGGGGCGCUGGCGCUGCAGUACCUGUGUCCGGAGGGCGGCCAGGGGCGCUGCCUGCUCCGGGGCCUGGGGCCGGCCUCUGCCCCCGAUCAUCGCCCGGGGCCUGCUCCUGCUCCCGCUGCUCCGGCUGCUUCCCGGGGCUGGGCUGGGCCUGAGUCCGGGGACCCGUACCUGGCGGAGGACCUGGGCCCGGGCUCGGGCUUCGUGGCGCGGCGGCGCUUCCCGGCCUCGGCGCUGCUCCGUCGGCUGGACUUCCGCAUCGCCUCCCAGGACCUGAUCGUCUUCCUCCACAUCCAGAAGACCGGCGGCACCACCUUCGGGAGGCACCUGGUCCGCAACAUCCGCCUCCCGCAGCCCUGCCGCUGCCUGGCCGGCCAGAAGAAGUGCCUCUGCCUCCGCGGGGGAAGCCCCUCGGGGACAGGGACAGGCCAGGCGCCCCCCCAGGACACCUGGCUCUUCUCCCGCUUCUCCACCGGAUGGAGCUGCGGCCUCCACGCCGACUGGACCGAGCUCAACAACUGCGUCCCAGGCCUCGUCGCCGGACACAAGCAGCAGCAGCAGCCCCGAGGAGGCCCAGCGGCAGCAGCAGCAGCUGGAGCAGGAGGCAGCCCCAGGAAUUUCUACUACAUCACCAUCCUCCGGGAUCCGGUGUCCCGCUACCUGAGCGAAUGGCGGCACGUCCAGAGAGGAGCGACCUGGAAGGCUUCCUUGCAUGUCUGUGAUGGGAGAUCACCGACGUCCGAAGAGCUGCCCAGUUGUUACACGGGGGAUGACUGGUCGGGUUGCUCCCUCGCGGAGUUCAUGGAUUGUCCGUACAAUCUCGCCAACAACCGCCAGGUCCGCAUGCUGGCAGACCUCAGCCUGGUGGGAUGUUACAAUUUGUCUGUCAUGCCGGAGGAGGAACGCAACAAAGUACUCCUGGACAGCGCCCAGGAGAACCUGAAACGGAUGGCCUUUUUUGGCCUGACAGAGUUCCAGCGGAAGACUCAGUACCUCUUCGAGAAGACCUUCAACCUGAGCUUCAUCUCGCCGUUCACACAGUACAAUAGCACAAGGGCCUCCAGCGUUGACAUUGACGAAGAGACCCAGAAGCGGAUCGAGGCCCUCAAUUUUUUAGACAUGGAGCUGUACGAUUAUGCAAAAGACCUUUUCCUGCAAAGGUACCAGUUCACGAGGCAGAAAGAGCACCAAGAAGCCCGGCGGAAACGCCAAGAGCAGCGGAAGAUCUGGAAAGCCAAACAGGUUCACAACAAAGAACAGGACAGCACCAACUCCACCACGGAUUACAUCACAAAUGUGGAGCAGUGGCGAUAAUAGGAGCUGAAAUACUCUUUUUUAAAAAUUAAAUUAAAUUAAAUUAAAAUUGAGAAGAAUCCCGAUUGGAAAGCCAAAAGAGAACUGCAAAGUUUAGGGGGCCAAAAUGAACUCUGUUUCUCUGAGAGGGCAAGGAACGCAAAAAGUUGUUUUGUGGCCUUUGCUGAUGCUUUUGCAUUCAGUGUUGUACCGUGUGUGGGUUAAUCUUUUAAUCGCCAUGUGUCUUGGGUCAGUUCCUUGAAAGGAAUUGUAGAAAAAAAAAGUUGGCCUGUUCAGCUAAAAAACAAACAAACCCGCUGCUGCUCUCAGAAAUGAUCACUGGGAUGAAAUAACUUAAGGUUGAAGUGGGAAAUGAUGAAGAAUUUAAGACAGGUGAGACUCCUGAGCUCUCUAGAUGUCAUAGAAUCAGAGGCUGGCAUCCUUUUACCAACAUGUGUACAUGUAAGUCCACCUUAGAUGUGCAUACGACUUUUUCCGAUCAUUGCGGAAGUUGGUAUUCCAUUCCUCCCUCCGCAACAAUCAAAGCCCCUCCAAUAGCUUUCUCCAAUGGCUGGCUGGGAGAGGAGGGGAAUGGAGAAGUGUCCGUCUGUGUGUCCUGUGCCAGAUGCAAACUGUUGAGAUCUCUGGAUGCAUCCACAGAUGCAUCAUCUGUUGAGAUCUGGUAGAUCUUAACAGAGACUGUCCUCAGCAUUCGGCUAUGGAGACAUACCGAGAUCCUUCUCUGAUCCUCCCUGUUUUCUACCAGCCAUAGAAAGACUAUUGGGAGGGACUGUUGCAGCAACACUUUAAGUCCUGUUGUUGGUGGCAAGACAGCCGUAAUGGAGUUCCACACUAUAUGCAAACAUGUAGGAUUUCGGCCACAGAGUUGGAAGAGACCUCAAGGGCCAGUCAGUCCAAACCCUAUUGCAGUAGUUCUCGACCUUCCUAAUGCCGCAACCUUUUAAUACAGUUCCUCAUGUUGUGGUGACCCCCAACCAUAAAAUUAUUCCUAAGGCCAUUGGAAAUAUAUAUGUUUUCCGAUGGUCUUAGUCGACCCCUGUGAAAGGGUCCUUCGAGCCCCAAAGGGGCAGCGACCCACAGGUUGAGAACUGCUGUCCUACAGCAUGAUCUAAAGGGCUCCCAGCUCUGCCCAAAUAUGUUGUUGGAGAGGGAGGUGGAUGGAAAAGGAAAACCAUUUUGGAAGCGGAAAAAGCAUGUUUGUAGUGGGGAGGUACAUGGCGUGUCACAUAGGUCUGGCCCCCUCAACCCAUUUUCUGUCACCUUUCUAGGGAAAAUUCCUCCAUCGUUUUCACAGUCAGUCUGCUCCUUGGAUAUUUUUUAAGAAGUCAAGAGUUGUAUAUAGUUUGAAUGCCUGGUAUUAAAGGGAAAGCUGUGUGAGUCCAUGUGGGUACAGACAGCUUCCUAAUGUUGGCACCACAAUUGGGACUCAGUUGAACAUUUCCUCGGUGUAUUGUAAAUAUCCACAUGUGGACCAACACUGCACUGAGCUGUUCACUCCCUGCCCUGACAACAUCAUCAUCAUCAUCAUCAUCAUCAUCAUUAUUAUUAUUAUUGUUUAUACCCCACCUUCCAUUAAGAUCGAGGCAGCUAACAACAUUAAAAUACAAUAAAAAACAUUGUCCCAGAAACCUACCCACCCACCGUAACCAAUAAAUCACUUACCCUUGAAGCUGCCCUGUCUGGCUGUUCUCUGCUUCCUGGCAAGCAGGCUCAGAAACUGAACCAGGAGGAGGAAAAUGAACCAACUUUGAUGUCAUGGAGCAUGCAGUCCAUCCUGGCUGGUAUUUUGUCUUUUAUAGAAACUGUCCAAAGUCUUGAAUCUCAUCCCAUUCCAUCUCAAAAAGCACCUUGGGGUGCCCCUUAAAAUCUUGGCACAAACCUGAAAUGGAUUCACCGCCCCACUGACAUGGGAACUUACUCCCUGAGGCUUUAGAAUUGAGAGUCUCCCUUUUGGGGAGAGGGGACAGAGUUUUUCUGACAGUUAUGGAAAGAGUCCAGGGCUACCAAAAUGACCUUGCAGGAGGUCAGUCAUCCACAGCCAGCAGGCAUGCAGGCCCUUCUGGACUGGGAAUCAUGGUUGUUGUAGGCCAACACAUCUGGACAAGUUCAAAGAUAUAGCCAUGUUAGUCUGGAAUCGGUAUGGAGAGAGAUCUUGUAGCACCUUUGGGACAUACUGAAAGAAAGAGGUUGGCAGCAUAAGUCUUUGUAGACUUUAAUCUACUUCCAGGAAGUAGACUGGACUCUAUGAAAGCUCAUGCGACCAACUUCUUUCUUUCAGUUAGUUUCAAAGGUGCUACAAAAUCUCGCUACAUCUGGACAAGGUUUUCCAUGUUGCCAUAAUGAGUCCCAUCUGGGCAGCAAGCUUUAAAGCAAUGGUGGACGAUGUUUGAUUGGCACAAAUGCCAGGGACACUCCAUCCUACACACACACAUAUGCACUGCUUCCAUGGGGAAAAUAAAUCAUAGCAUCACUGAAUCACAGAGCUAGAAGAGACCUCAAGGAGAAUGUCUACUUCUUGUUCAAGAUCAAGAUGGGUUCUCCCCCAGCGCCUUGUUUCCAGUUUUAAAAGUGGGUGCGCCUUGUUUUAAAAGAGGGAAUGGUGGCUUUCAUUGGAAACGAGGUGCACAGAGAGAAUGCAACUUUGCAAAUGCCUCAGCCAGUUUGGCAGCAGCGAGAAGCCAGGUACCAAAUCGCAGAAGUCACCAGCUUCUUCAUAUUUCCCACCUCCGUCAAAAAGUUGUGAAUCCCAGGAUCCCUUGAUGUUUUCAACAAGAUUAAAACAGCAGGAGUUGGUUUAUUUGAAGGAAUGUUGAAUCCACUCUGGCUGUUAGAACUUUAAAAGAACUAGCUCCAAAAUUAGGUUCAGCUCCGUGGAUAACAAUUUUAAAGUUCAUACUAAAAUCCAGAGCAGAUUCCUGCCCCCAGUAAGAUGGAAACUACCAGUUGCUACUUGUUUUCUGGAGGCUGCAACUUCGAGAAACGAUGCAUGCAGUGAAAUAAUAUCAGGCAGCUGCCUUCCGCAUAAGAAACACCAGAGCAAAGAAAAUAUCCCAUCUUAAAUAUUUCAUUUUUGCCCUCAUGAUAUUGUCAGAGACAGUCAGAUCCAUGCAUUAUGCAACAAAUAGAAAUUUUGAUAAACCGGACAGUGAAUAUCUGAAAAAGAUAAUAUUGACAAAUGAUCCAAACCCUAUUCUCAAUCAUGAGCAUUCAAUUUGUCUAUAUAUUGAUUCACCAUUCAACGGGUCGACUCUUGUUGGGCCUUAUUAACAGUAUCCCAGCCAUACGUAUGUAUAUAUUGGCUUUUAAUAAAUAACGGAAGGGAUUUAUCUAUAAAUAUUUAAACUUUUUUUUUCAAAUCUGCCGAUGGUUCUUAACAGAUUUUAAGUGUGUUUUAUUUCAAGUUCAAAAAAAUAUACCAGUGAUUUGGAGGGCCUUUAGAAGUUCAGACUGAAACAGUAUAAUUUAGGUUUCUUUGUUCUAUGUACCUUUGUAUUCCUAUCCAGUUUUAACCAUUCUUCCAGCUGUUCAUAUGUGACCCUUCUGUGUCAUUGGAGUGCAGUUCCCAAUGUUUCUCAUCACUGGCUAAGGCUCAUGGGAGUUGCAGUCAAAUAACGUCUGGAGGGCUUUAGCAAUAUUGGGCCAGUUUUGAUCUGGAGAAAAGCAGUGUCUCUUAAAGGGAUUUCUGAGCCAUUGGAGAGGACAGGCUUUUGAACCUGUGGUUAGCGUUGGGUCCAAUUUUUUAAGAAACUCAAGGUGCAUCUAUAGUGUAGAAAUAGUACAGUGUGAUACUCCUUUUAAUUGCCAUGGCUUUAUCCUACUGAGUCCUGGGAUUUGUAGUUUGGUGAGGCACCAGCACUCUUGAUCAGAGAAGGCUAAAGACCUUGUGAAACUACAAACCCCAGGAUUUCAUAGGAUGGAGAGACAGCGGUGUCAAACAAACUGCAUUAUUUCUAGUGUAGAUGCACUUGCAGUUUUUAUUCAUGCAGCCGAUUCAACAACAUGUUAUUUCUAGAUAUAGCACCAUCAUUUAAUCACUGAAAAUAUGCAGAGAGUGGUCCUCUUUCCAUCUCACUUGCAAGGAGACCCACAUAAUAUCUUCUCCUAUUGCUAUUCCUAAACAUGGUAGCUUUGAUCUAGGGAGGGAAACCUGGAUGUAGAAGCCAAAAAAGUCUUGGUGCGAAAUCCCAAAUUGGACUGGGACCCACCCUUGGGGCUAAAGUCUUGUCCUCACUCAUGCAGACAGCAGUUCUCCCUUUUAUCCAAUUGCAGAACUGUUGCUGGAUGGUCCCUCUGGUAGUGUUACAUAUGGGAGGUUAUGAAUACUUCCUUCCACACAAAAGGACAUACACUGGCUUACCCAGCUUACGUUGCCAACAGGAUGCCAGUCUUAAAGAUUCACUUGCCUGUCUCUCCAUCUGCAAGAUGCCUGGUGGGACGCCAACCAAGUCCACAAGGUAUGCCAGAUACUUCACCUUCUUAUCUCCUUUGCCAUGGGGCUCGAGACCCCUCUCGCACACAUUGUCCCAAGUCACACACAGCUGUUUCGGAUGGAAUGGAUUUCAUGUUAGUUAUGGUCACAAGUGGGGAAAUGGUCUGGAGAAAGAAAUAAGUUGCAGUCUGUUUCAUCAAAACAAGGGAGAGCAAACUCUGGCCACCAUCUUGCAUUGGGAGACAUAACUACAACACAUCAACAGCUGGUAUGGCAAUGUUUGACAUUGACUCCCCAUAUAUAGCAAAAAAUCAUUCAGCCCUCCAGAUCUGGUUGAGUAUGGCAGCUCCCAACAUCUAUUGCUGUGCUGGCCUAGAAUGAUGGGAGCUGCAGUCCAACCCACCCAGAAGGGCAUCAUCUUGCAGAAGGCUGCCUCAUGCUAUGUGCAUUUCCCUUCCAAAUUGCACAUGAAAGUGACCCAAUGUGCAAAGCGGUGUUUUUUCACUCAAUAGCUCACCUGUUUGUCUUGGUAUUGGUCCCUUCUCUUAUCUCUUUAAUGGGAUAUAUGUCUUAAGGUCUAAACCAGGCCAGUGAGUAUAACUGACCCCAGUCAUCGAAGGCAGCGAUCCCUCAAAAGGCUGCAUCGGGUUGACUUCCCUUCCAGGGCUCCGUGUAUUCUAGAACAAGGGCACAAAUUGUGUUUCAAAUGCAGCUCUGGGUGUUUUGAAAUAUUCUCUGGCCUCCUGCUAGAAAUGGUCUUCUCACUGGGCUCCAUCAAGAGAAGACUCAGUUGGGUUCCUUCAUCUAUCUGUCUGUCUGUCUGUCUCCUUCCUUCCUUCCUUCCUUCCUUCCUUCCUUCCUUCCUUCCUUCCUUUGUUCAAUCUGUUUUUGACACCAAGGAAAUAGACCAGAAGGCCAAGGACUUGACACAUUAAUGUGCUUGGGUUGUGCAAAUCUCUAUGCAAAAAAAAAUCUCUUGAAGAUUACAAAUCUGAGUUCUGCCGCUUUUUUUAUACCUGGCAUUCUAAGAACUGAGGUUCUCUUCUGUUUCUGUGCUUGGUAGUGGCAUUUUUUUAAUGGCUUACAUUGCUGUAAUAUAACUGUACUCCAUCUCAGCCGUGGGCCUUUGGGAUACGGGGAGCGGGGAGGAUUCGGGGAGGAAACAUGCAACCAAGUGACUCCUAUACAUAUCAAUUCUAGAGUAAACCCCAUUAACGUCAGUGGGGCCUACCUCCCAAUAAUACUCCCAGGUAAGAGGGUAUAGGAUUUUAGCCAGGGGGUUUUAGCUAUGGGAGGACAAAAUGAGGGCAUUAUCCUAUCGAAACAAGAAUUUAUCAACCCCCCAAUGAAUUUUCCUUUGGUCCCCAAAUUUCUAGCAUUACAGUAAUUUAAAAGUUCCAUUGAGCAUUUAGAAAUACAGUUUAAGUGUCCAAAGAAGAGGCCAAAUGAGCAGAGAAAUGCAAACAGAAAAUAGAAGAAGAGUCUUAAGUGUGGAAGAUUUUCAGCAUUUUACUCUGCAAUGCUAAAAUUGUGCAUAGUGCAGAAGAUUUUUUGGGAGGUGCAGGAGUUUUGUUUGAGGGAACAAUUCCUUCAUUCUGCUCCCGUUCACAGUAGCUACACACCUAGUUUUAGCUAAAGAUACCAAGUGGAAAUGUUUGUUGCCUUGGGCAUUUCUAUGGAGUCCUGGCAUCUUUGGUAGGGCCCAAUGUGCACCAGGAUGCUCUUGCCAAUGUCCCUUUAUGCAUCCUCAAAAUUCACUAACUAGAGUUUCUUAGUACAUAAGUAUACGAAAAGUUACAAAACGUGCACCAUGGCUGCAUCCGCACAGCAGAAAUAAUCCAGUUUGGCACCGCUCAGUGCCUUGGGAUUCUGGGAACUACCAUUUUGUGAGACUCUGGUGCCACAACAAACUACAAAUCCCAGCACUGAACCAUGACAGUUAAAGUGGGGUCAAGCGGAAUGAUUUCUGUGGUACAGAUGCAACUCAGGAUAGAGGAUUCAAGUUUGGUACUUCCAAACUUCUGGGAAAACUAAACCACUAGCAAUGCGCAAAAAAUAAUGCUAUGCUUUUACAUGC